UGUGUGUGCUUGAGUAUAGCGUUGCUCUUUUAGCUAGUUGUAACUUAGUGGUCUAGUCUGUAGCUGAGUCCUGCUAUAUCUUGUGCAACAUGAUCAUGGAUGCUUCUAGCGCCCUGGAACCCUCCGUGGGAUCACCAAGUGAAGUUCCCAACGACCCUGGGAAAAUGUUCAUCGGGGGCCUGAGCUGGCAGACUACAGCAGAAGGCCUCCGUGAAUACUUCUGCAAGUUUGGUGACAUCAACGAAGUGAUGGUGAUGAAGGACCCAACCACCAGACGCUCCAGGGCGUGGAUAAAGUGCUUACGCUGCCCACGCACGAACUUGACGGCAAGAAGAUUGACCCAAAACUGGCAUUCCCACGACGUGCUCACCCAAAG